UUGUGUGUGGCGCCAUCUGUCCACUCAUGACUCCAAUUACAUCAUGAACAGGUUACAUGUUACAGGCGGCGACACAGGUAUCACAAUGUCCCAGACUCAGGACUUUGAGAAUAGAAGAGACGAACAGCAACACACCUACAGCGAUGCUCAAGAUCUGAAUCAUGUUUCCAACUAUGGGAUAUUGUGUCUGAACGGUGUUCGGGUUAAAUGCAACGGUAACAAGACAGUCUCACCAAAGGGAAACAAAGCAAAGUAUUCUGUAAACGGAUAUGUAAAUCAUGGCUACCGGAGGACUCAUGACAAAGUGGUGGACCAAAGGGAACACGAUCAAGGUCAGGCAGGUUGUGCUGUUGAAACUGUGUGUGCUGAUAAAGUUAGAGUCUUGAAAAACGGGCUAAGAAGUCUGCAGAACGCUGCUGGACGGCAUGUGGAGGGCAAAAAACUAAGAAGACGUAGAAAACCCAGAAAUAAAAAAAGUAACCUGAACAACUUGCCGCCACUAGAGGAAGAAGACUGGGAAAAGGAUGUCAGUGAAGUCCCAAACAGGGGAGAGCAUUCUGAAGCCCAGCCUUACGGUCCUGAAGAUAUUGCCCAACAGGUGUUGGAGAGUUUGAGGAUUCAUCAUACAGACAGCGCUGACCUGCCGAUGUCUACCUCCAAUUACGUCCCGUCCGCGUGCCACCCGCGCCCAGUGCCCCGGCUCCGCUCUUGGUCGUCCACUGAGGCGGAUCAGUUUGCAUAUGCCGACUAGCAAGCACUUGCUCUGUAGGUGAACACCACAGAUCUCAAGUGAAUAUAGUUUCCUGUUUUUACGUUCACUAUCAAGGCAGCGUCUUGUUUAGUCAGUGGAAGUCAUUUAAAUCAUCAUUUUAAAGUUAAACGGUGCCUGUCCACCAUUCAUUUUAAUUUAGUUUUAAUAAUUGUAGUUAUAGAAUAACUUCGUCUGUGUGAUCAUGUGACGGGGAGAAGCUGAUGUAAA